CGCUCGGUUUCCACAUUAAACGAUCAUUUUAAGGGCGAACCAAUCAAACUGUAAAUUUAUACAAAUUGAUACUAAACGGGUUAUAUUAAUUUUAUAACAAAAAUUAAGUGUGUAAAUAAGUUUGAGCGGAGUCGUAAUUAAAACUAAUUGGGGGUAAUACAGCGAUAAUUAUUUUGUAUUAAGGCGGCUUUUUGCCGGAAUUUUAUCCUUUUUGACGUUUUGUGAUCGCGGUUUUUUUUUAAUUGUGACGCGGGAAGACUUGUGUUCGAAAUUUGAAAUUUUUAAAUAAUCGCCCGGUGUUCUUUUUGACAAUGCAGGCAGUUUCCUACAUGUGAUUGGAGAAGUGAAUUUCGUAGGAUUUUCGGUGGUGUGUUUUGAAGAAGUUUUUUUCAAUGAUUUGUGAUGCAGUGCUGAGGAAGAUGUCGACAUAGGGGGCGGCCAGGGUUGGCCUUUUGAGGCCAUGCUCAAUAACCUCACGGCAACAGCUUUAGGAGGUCACAAAGAUUCGUGCUCCGAAGAUAGUAAACAGCACGAGAUCAAACCGAAUAUCGAGCGUCCGCACCAUGCGCUCGGCGCCAGACUGCAUAUCGCUCACAACAUACGAACAGAACACUUACAAGGUGGCAUCCACCAACAACACAGUGGGGGGCACAUGGCAACAGUGCCUGUCAGUAUGUCCUCAUCAGCAUCAGAUAGUGAUAAGCCGGCCAAACAGAAGAGACAUCGGACGAGGUUUACGCCCGCACAACUGAACGAGCUAGAGAGAUGUUUUUCCAAAACCCACUAUCCUGACAUCUUCAUGCGAGAGGAGAUCGCGAUGAGAAUCGGCCUUACGGAGAGUCGAGUACAGGUGUGGUUCCAGAACCGUCGCGCGAAGUGGAAGAAACGCAAGAAGAGCACCAACGUGUUCAGGUCGCCUGGCGCUCUGCUGCCGUCGCAUGGCCUGCCGCCGUUUGGAGCCGGCGACGUGUGUAGCCCUGGCGUGUUUGCUGAUCGACCCUGGUCUAUGCCCGCAGGUCUAGGCCAGCUGUCCCAAGGCGGAGUGUCCAUGGGCGGGUUCGGAGCGAGCACGCUGCCGCAGCUCGCCGCCGACCUCAACCCAUCGCUACCCAUCAGUUCUGUUGCGUCCGGACAGCCGUACCAGACGCAUUAUCCCCUUAACUCUUUGGGGGACACUAUGAUGUCCUAUUGCAACAACAUCAGCGGACAGCAGCAGCCGCUAGAGGGCUCCCCCACUCCCCCCCACAUGCCGCACUGCGCCAACAACAACGGCUCGCCCAAUCCUAAUGGAAACAACGGCGAGCAGGCGGAGGAGGAGGUGUGGCGCGGCCACAGCAUCGCGGCGCUGCGGCGGCGCGCGAGCGAGCUGUCGGCCGCCAUCCCGCCCUAUCUGCAGCUCAACUACGACGCGCACAGCCCCGUCUACUGACCGCCAACUUCAACUUGCAAUACUCCAACUCCAAUUAGAAAGAAACGUUCGAUUUUUGAAUUCUGAUCGUCCAACUGCCAGCAUUUGUGGUGACUUUAAUUUCUAAUCUUAUAGGGAAUGUUAAGCGAAGCUGAUUUUAAUUGUGAUUCUACUUCCAGUGAACAGCCAGCAUUUGUUCGAAAUUUGAAUAGUGAUUCCACUUUCAGUGAACGACCAGCAUAUGAUACAAAUUCCAAUUUAAAUAUGGAAUGUUUAAGCAGAGUUAAUUAAAACUCAUUUUAAAUUUGAAUUCUGAUUCUAGCUCUAGUGAACCAGCAUUUGUGGUGAACAUUUCAAAUUGGAAAUGUCAAGCGAAGCUCAAAGUAGAUAGCCAACCAAGAUAUCAACCGAAAACAUUGUGGCUAUUUCAAAUUUGAGUUCGAUCUAUUCUAAUUACAUUUUUCAAAUCCAUUUCGUGAUCAAAAUCAAUGCGAGAGAAUUCCAAAUUUGACUUUGCAGUCGAAUUAGAUUUGAAAAAAAAAAUAUUUUUUUUUAAUUCAAGAUACCAAUAAAAUUCUGUAUAUGUCUAACUAAAGUAGUUCAAGGCAACUUUUCACGUGUAUACGAACUUUUCAAUACGAAUAAGUUAUGCCGAAGUCUGAUUUUCGUAAUUUCAUGCUCUUUAGUAUGGCCAUGAAUUAUAUAUUUCCCAAGAUAUCGAAUAAAAAUGAGCUGUAUUCAGAAAAUAAAUGUAUACGCAUCGUACAAUAAUAAAUUUAAUAAUUAAAUAAUGCUAAGCUAUUUAUUUCUUAAGUGAUUAAUGAAGGUAUUAAAUAGUUUUUAAUUAGAUUUAAUAUUGGUGUAUCUACAAAAAGUUGUGGUAAUCCAGAAUAUAGCUAGUAGGUUUGUUUAAAUACAUUCCAAAUUCAAAAUAUAGGAUAAAUUAAUUGUUAUAGAUUAAAGAAAGAACAGGCUUCUUGUAAUCUGAAAAACAAAUUUGCAACAUGUAAGUUUUGGAUCUCCGUACAACAUUGGCCAGAAAAUUACUUCAUAAUUUUUCCAUACGCCAGGUCAAGCAUCCUUUUUGUUCUGUAUCUAAAAUCUAAAUUUUGUAUGUUUUUUUAACUUAUGAAUAAGAAGCUUGUGGAACCUAUUGCCCUGCAUUUAAUUGAUUAGCAACUAAUCAAUGAAGCCAAAAAGAGAGAGAAUGUGAUAACAGAUGAAAUGUCUCUCUCAGACAUUAUUUUACUAUUUACCUAAUUCUAGAAUAAAAAUACGUCUAUUUUUAUUCUACGCAGAUAUUUCGUUUAAGACGAUAAGUAACAUUGACAACAAAUCCCAGAAGUAAAGUAUAAUUAAUAUAAUAAUAUAAUAUCAGUUGUGGUUAUAUACACCAUUUAUAUCUGUAAAUCCGGGGAUAGUUUUUUUAAACAAGUAUUUUAUCCCGUAUAAAUCGUUUUUAUGGUCAUACUCUUUUACACAGAAACCGAAAAUAUUGUUUAAAUAAUAAAAUAAUGUCUUAAAAGGAACUGUAACUCUAGGUAUAAAGGGUGUUCCAAUCCAAAGUAUUUUGUGUGUGUAAAUGUAUAGUUAGAUAUUAAAAUAUUGUAAGUACAGUUUUUAUUUCGGGAAACUUAAAGCCACUGUUUUUUUUUAAAUAUUUUUGACUUUGUUUCGUAGUGGUUGAUAGUUCCUAUUCAUUUUAACAGAUCCCGAAAUUUUUUUAAAUAUUUUAAAAUACAUAUUUAGUUAUUUUCAUGUCAGUAAAAUAUAAAAAUGACGCUUAAAGAAUAUUAUUAGUUAUUGUCCCUUUGUUUAUAAUUUAUUUUGGAACAUUAACGAUUUCCGUCCGUUAUUUUAUUAAAGAAACAUUUUUUAUUUUGGAAACAAUCAUUGGCAUUUUUCAGAAAAAUAUUAAAUAUGUGUCCGGUUUUUCCUGUUUUAUUAAUUUUACUGUUAUCUAAAAUUAUUUACAUUUACUGUUUGUUUCUGUAACUUUUAUGUUCAUUUUUUUAUAAGUGACGGACUGAGUGAAUAUUUUAGGCAUAAAACGCCCUAAUUAUGUGAAAAGUUCGCUCGCGCUUAUGUAUUGUAUAGUCUACAUCUAGUACACAUUAUGUUAGUUAUCUAAGUAUUAUUAUAUAUACAUACAAUAAAAUAGACAAUGUUCA